AUGCGUCGUCAAGUAGAGCAAGAGAGGAGCGGUCGUGAGAAAGAUCAGGCCGCUUUAGCUGAGGUGAGGUUUUUCUUAGGUCAGCAGAUGGCGGCAGUUGGGGAGUCCGAGGAGAUUAUUGCUCGAGAGAGGGCCCAUUCUGGUCGGCUGGAGCAUCAGGCGACACGACAUAGGGAGUUCAUGUCUAGAGUAGCUACUCAGUUCUUUCAGUUAGCCAUGGACGUUCUUCGUGACUACUCCUCGACGAUCCACUUGGAUGAGGACUUCCUUAGAGCUGAGGUCACACGAAGGGCGGAUAUGAUGGUGAUGAUGACCGUUGCUUCAUGUGGAGCGGGAGCUUCAGGUGGAGCAGGUGCUUGGGCGGAGCGGGUGUUUCAGGUGGAGCGGGUGCUUCAUGUGGAGCGAUCUCGGUUAGGAGGUCUCUCAACCCUGGGACCCAUUCUUAGGGUUCUCUGGGAUCCUUUGGGCAACAUAUUAGCAAUCUUGCAAGCUCGACCAGUGUGGGGGUGGAGGACUUGGAGCACCUAG